AGCGGAAGUAAAAGAGAGGUAGUUGGGUAAGCGCCUGUGGUUAAUAAGUAACAGACAUCAACAGUCAGCCCCACCCUGCAAAGCCUGCUGGGAAAAACUUUUAGUGAGUGUAGCCUGAGAUAGCGCUGAUAUAAAAAAUACAGGAAACGGGUAGUGCAGCAUCUUCUCGUGCACUUUUCCUUGAUUCUUUAGAAUCUCCAGCCACCCAUCAGGUUCCAGCUGACGGUCCCAGACAUGGGCCGGGGGAAGGACAAGGCUGGGCCUUUGGCUCGGAGGCCAGACAACUCCGCUUUCAAACAGCAGCGUCUGCCUGCUUGGUGUCCGUUGCUAACCGCUAACACCGUGCUGCCUUUCUUCUAUGUCAUGGCUCUGGUCUGCCUGCUGCUGGGUGUGUGGCUGCUGCUCACUGUGCAGAGCACACAGGAAAUCAAGCUGGACUACACAGAAGGAGGAACGUGUGAUGCAUGUUUUAAAAUGCGCUCAAAUGUGAGCCUGUCAGCGGAGACCUGCUGGUGCACGGUGGAGUUUUCCAUUGAGAAAGCGUUUAAGGGUGAUGUCUUUUUCUACUAUGGGUUGAAGAACUUUCAUCAGAACCUUCGCAGGUACAUGGACUCCAGAGAUGAUGGGCAGAUGGUGGGCAGGAAGAACAAACUAAAGAAUCCAAGUUUUUAUUGUGAACCGUUUGCUAAAGACCAGAAUGGAGUUCCUGUAGCUCCCUGUGGAGCUGUAGCCAACAGCAUGUUCAACGACUCCUUCACUCUGACCCAUCACCGCUCCAGUGGUCCGGUUAUGGUUCCUUUAAUACGGACGGGCCUAACGUGGUACACCGACAAAAACGUCAAAUACCGCAACCCAAAGACAGACAACCUAACUCUGGCUGAGGUGUUUGAAGGUACAACUAAACCGCUGUACUGGCAGAAGCCCGUUUAUGAGCUGGACCCAGCUGACCCGACCAACAAUGGCUUUAUUAAUGAUGAUCUGAUUGUGUGGAUGAGGGAGGCGGCCUUUCCCAAUUUCAAGAAGCUGUAUGGGAUUUUAAACCGGAAGGAGAAAACCCCCUUUGCAAAAGGGCUUCCAGCUGGGAAUUACAGCAUCGAUAUAAACUACAAUUUUCCGGUGCUGCCCUUCCGAGGCAGAAAAGAAGUGGUGCUGACCACGCUGACGUGGUUUGGAGGUCAGAACCAUUUCCUGCCGGUUGCAUACCUGGUAACCAGCAGCUUGAUCCUCCUGAUGGCCGUCACCCUCACGGUGGUCUGGUGGAAGUUUGGAAAGGAUGGGAAGAACACGCUAGUAACAUUCCAGUAGAGGUGUUGGGAUGCUGAAGACCAAUGUGUAGGAAACAUUCACAAGCAGCUGCAGAAAUGCAUCAAAAAUCCUAAAUUCAAGGAUGGUUAAUGGGAGAUUAAAACAAAAAGGUUCAUUGAAAGCUGGUCUGGCAUCUCAAAAGCAGAAGCAUUUGGAUGCAUUAUUUUGCACUUGUUUUAUUUUGAAAUUCUCAGUCCGCAGAAGAGCUGCAACGGUUCAGCAAGUAUGUACAUUUGUGUGCAACUAUUAGCUAAAAAAUGAGAUGACUAAUGAAUUAAUUUAAGAUUUUAUGUUAGUUGUGUCGUCUGUCCUUAAGAAUUUUUCUUUUGGGAAAAAAAACUCCAGUUUUGUCUGUUUUUUUUUUUUUUUUAUAUAAAUAUAUAUUUAAGUUUGGCUGCAAAACCCAUUAAACAUGAACCAUGAUGGGAAAAUCAGUUUUAACCACAACUAUAAAACUAUAAUAAACUUGGCAAUCUGAAAUACAAGUUUAAUAACUGAUAACAGAAACAUCAUCAGACGCAAUCUCUCUUUUCAUUUGAGGUUUAAAAUUCUUUUAAACAAUCCUUAAAAUGUACCAAAUUAGACAUUUUUGUCAUUACGGUCAGCUGAUUAUGGCUGGCUUUAGCCCAGACGUUAAUCUGUUUAUUUCACUAAUGAACAGCCAGUUGUGGGCCGUAAAUAAACCGUGAGAAACAAGAGUCUUGCAGCUCUAAUCAGCUUUACUGUGCUUUUUUUCUGGUUUAAUCAAAUGCAUCAUGAGCUGGUAUUUAUUUCUUUACAUGUAAGAAUGAAAUAAAAAAGUACAAGUCUU